UCUCCCCACUCCCUCCACUCCACACAAGUCGCUUGAAGAACUUACAACUCUCACGAAGAAUAUGACUUGCUCUGUCUAUUAUAUCACUUUCUUCUUCUUCUUCUUCUUCUUCUUCUUCUUGAACUAUUAUUGUGAGGCUCAAAAUCAAAAGGCUUCAGCUCUGUAUGUGUUCGGAGACUCACUUGUGGAUGUUGGCAACAACAAUUACCUCAAGCUUUCCAUUGUGAAGGCCAACCAUUUUCCUUACGGCAUUGAUUUUCCCUCCAAGAAACCUACCGGAAGGUUCAGUAAUGGCAAAAACGCCGCAGAUUUCAUCGCUGAGGAAUUAGGUUUGCCAACUUCACCACCUUACCUAUCUCUGGUUUCUGAGUCAAAAGCCAACAAAGACAAUGUUUCCAUCGUGGGCGGUGCGAGCUUCGCCUCAGCAGGUGCUGGAAUAUUCGAUGGCUCUGACCAACGUUAUAAGCAGUCAAUUCCUUUGAGGAAGCAAGUGGAUUACUACGUGGAAGCGCACAAUGAAAUGUUAAAGCAAAUAGGAGAGUCAGCUUUACAGGAGCAUCUCUCAAGUUCCAUCUUCACCGUCGUGAUUGGCAGCAACGAUCUCUCCGGCUACUUCGAUUCCUCCAACCUCCGUCACAAAAGCACCCCUCAGCAGUACCUGGAUUCCAUGCUUUUCUCCCUAAGAGCACAGCUACAGAGAAUAUAUGAGAAUGGGGGACGCAAGUUUGAGAUAGCAGGAAUAGGGGCCGUCGGGUGCUGCCCAGCGCGUAGGUUGAAGAACAAUACAGAAUGUGAAGCAGAAAUCAAUUUCUGGGCACUCAAAUACAAUGAAGGCCUCAAAUCAAUGUUACAGGAAUGGCAAUCCCAGAACCAUGGUCUUGCCUACACUUUCUUUGAUACCUACGCCGCCAAUGACGAUCUCAUUCUCAAUCCUUCCACUCAUGGAUUUUCUGAGGUAAGAGCAGCAUGCUGUGGGCUAGGGGAGCUGAGAGCUCGGGCUCCAUGCUUGCCAGUGACCAAAUUUUGUUCCAACAGAAAAGAUCACGUCUUCUGGGAUCAGUACCAUCCUACCGAAACAGCUUCUCGUAUCCUCGUCGAUAAAAUUUUCAAUGGACCAUCACAAUACACUUCACCAAUUACUUUGAAAGAGCUUCUACACCUCUGAAUUACUUGGCUUUAACCAUAUUAAUUAAAUUUCAGUCAAAAAAAACCAUAUUAAUUAAAUUCCUCUUGUUUCUUCUA